AUGUCCACCCCACCAGUGGACUACUAUGCGUCUCUGGAAGUCGACCCCAAAGCAACCCAGCAACAGAUUCGGGAUGCCUACAAGAAAGCCGCCCUCCGCUACCACCCCGACCGCGUCCCCUCCGACUCCCCCGAGCGCACCGCCCGCACCAAGAAGUUCCAGCAAAUAAACGACGCCUACUACACCCUCAGCGACCCCACGCGCCGCCGCGACUACGACGCGGCCCGCACCUACCACGACUUCGGCGCACCCCCAUCCGCCUCCCCAGACUACGACGAAGAGGUCCCGCGGCCCUCUGGCGGCGGUGGCGGUGGGUUUCCGUGGUCCGCCUUCGGUUUCGGCAGCGGUAGUGGCACCCAGCCGUCUGCGGAGGAGCACAACCGCUUUUCUCAGGAGCAGUUUGGCGGGGUGUUUGAGGAGAUGCUGCGGGAGGAGGGUAUGGCGGAGGGGGAAAGGGCGGCGCCGACGGGGAAGUUCUGGAGUGUGGUUGGGGGACUGAGUGGAGGGGCGAUGGGGUUUAUUGUUGCGAACUUCCCGGGGGCGCUGGCUGGGGCGGUUGCUGGGAAUAGGUUGGGGGCGGUGAGGGAUGCGAGGGGGAAGAGUGUGUAUGCGGUGUUUAAUGAGCUGCCGCAGGCGGAUAAGGCGAGGUUGUUGAGUGAUCUUGCCGCGAAGGUGUUUGCGCAUGCGGUGGGGUCGUAG